AUGUGUCGAUGGAUCUUCUACUACGGCGAGGAGGUGUGCAUCUCCAAGCUCAUAUACGGCGCCUCCCACGGAUUGGCCACGAUGGCGGACCGCGCCGGAUGGACCCCUGGAUGCGCGCGGGACGCGGAGAGGAAUCACGAGGUGAACGUCCACGGAUGCGGGAUCGGAUGGUACGCCGCGGAUAGGUGUGGGAUGGUCGAUAGACACGGGCUGGAUGCGUACUGUAGACCGGCGGUGUACACCACGGUGGCGGCGCCGAGUCACGAUAGAAAUUUACGGUCGCUGAGCAAGUCGCUCAACGCGUCGUUGUUGUUCGGGCACGUGCGAGCGGCGGGACCGGGGGCGAGCGUGCAUCAGUAUAAUUGUCAUCCGUUUGUCCGAGGGCGGUACAUGUUCAUGCAUAACGGGGACGUGAGCGAUUUUAAAUCGAUUCGGAGGGGGUUACUAGCGCACCUGCGAGACGAUUUGUUCGAUCAAAUCAGCGGGACGACGGAUAGCGAAUUGGUGUUUUCGUUAAUCUUGAACGAGCUUCCGAACGUGUACGACAAGGUGGAGCCUAAAGCUUUGGAGAAGGCGGUUUUCAAAGCGAUCUGUAUCAUCAUUAAAGCGAACAAGGGUAAGGCGAAUUCUGUGAAUAUCGCUAUUACGGAUGGAGAGACCAUCAUCGCGACGCGGUAUCGCAACUCUGCGACGGAGGAGCCGCCGAGUUUGUAUUUUCAUCUCGGCCCGAUGCCGGGGGAGAAAGCGUGGGAUUUAGAUAACACCGAUGGCGUCGCCGGUUUCGAUCAACUGGUCGAUAGGAAUAUUCAUAGCACAACCGGGGGGCCGCGUCAGAGGAGAAAUCCCGCGUUUCAAGCCAUCUUCCGAAAGAAAAUUUUUGCCACGCAGUCUCUGCUGGUUUCGAGCGAGCCCCUGAGCGUGGCGGGUCUUGGAAACUGGCAGCUGUGUCCACCAAACUGCAUGAUCGUUUCGUACCCGACGAGACCGACCAAAGGUCGAUGCUCUCGCGCGGAUCUCUUGCGCAGCUUGAGCGAAAACAAGGGCUCGCAGACCACGAGACCCGAGGCGAGACCGAGCGACGCACCAGUGUUGGAGAUCGAGUUUAAGUGUCUCGAAGAUUUGUGCGAUACAAUUCUCAAGUUCAAGGAGGGGAAUAAGGUUCCUUCGGAGAUGAAUCUCGCUGCCAUGGGAGGGGGCUCGGUGAAUUUGCUCGGACGAAGUGAAAGCUUCACCGACUUCGGAUCGCAUGAUGGAAAGGGUAUCAUCACUCCGCCGAACAAACACGAGCCCUUCAUUCCGCUUCCCGAAAAAAAGUCAGUGACGAACGCGAGAGGUGGGAUGUUAGGCUUCUCGUCGCUAUCCAGGGAGUUGCGAGCGACGUCUUCGCUCGUGGGCGCGCCGAGGCAGUCGAUCGACGUUCAUCAAAGUCCUGAGGAUAGCACGGAUUCAUUGCGUCGAUUGAUGAUGAUGCGUAACAGUGAUCCCAUGGCACCUUCAUCAUGGCACGAGGGUUCGAAGUAUUUGAACGAGGCGCGAUCGCGGUGA